AUUUAGCUGUAGGAUUUCAAGACGCCCGUCUGGCGUGACCUUAGUGUUCUAGGCUAUUACUGUCAUCUGUAUCAAAACACUUUCGACUUGAUGCCUUCACGCUGUUUUGUCUGUCGACUAAGGGGAAAGGGAUGUACUGAGUCCCUAGAUUCCCGACCUUGCGACCCAUGUAGCAGGAUGUGUAUUGAAUGCAUCGCCUGCCCAAUGGCGAUUCCUAGUGUUGUCAAGAGAUCGGCUAGGGCCCGGGAGUGUUUGCUUGAAGUUAAAAGGCUAGCUGAGCCUGGGCAUACAGGGAUUGCACGUCUCCCAAAGACUCGCAAGCUUCUCCUAGACCUGCAGCCUAUCCUUGGAGAUUCGACGAAUCAAAGCGCGACUGAUGAAGGGAACCCUGCCGAGCCCACUGUCACCUUGGCGAUCACAACCCCACAUAUACUUGGGAACCACGAGCCCUCCGGCUUACCCCAUGCUUUGGCGUCUACUACUACAGCCUUCCCAGCGAACUACAUUGGCACCGCAUCAGCUGUUGACGAGCCGCCCAAUGUAUUUCUAAUGGGGUCACCUGGGGAGGAUCUACUUCCAUUGGCCCUACCCUGCCUGACAUGAUGCCGCCCUUCCCUCAAUUUGUCCCCGACUCCGAAAUGGCUUUCCCCCUUAACAAUUUGAACCCUAUGUUGUUGGGCACAUUUCAUCACGCCGCAAUCCCCGAUCAGACCGCCUGGUCUUCUAGGCCUGGUCCCUCUCACAUAGUUGCUCCACUACCGGCCAUUGUCGCACCCGAAAUUCCUGAUCGCUUACAGGACAGGCGGACAG